GCUCGGAGGACGAGGCUCCUGCAAGGUGGAACUCCGGAGCGCUUUGGUUCCUUGCUGUGGUUGCCGGGCUUGCGCUCCUACUCUGCAUAGUGUGGGGUCCUCAGCAUGCGGCUGCUGGUGGCUACGUCUUGACGCAUUCCUACGUGGGCGAGGAUUUCUUUUCAAAGUGGUCCUUCUACGUCGGUGGCGACCCCACGCACGGAACAGUUAAGUUUCUAUCCUUCCAGGACGCCAGUGCGCAAGGCCUCAUCCAUGCCUCUUUCGACCGCGUCUUCAUGGGCACCGAUGCAUCCGAGGUGCUGCGGCCUGGGGAGGGUCGAAAAACCGUGAGAAUCGAGUCCAACGAGUGGUUCAGGAACGGUCUCUUCGUUUUGGACCUAGAUCAUGCACCUUGGGGCUGCGGUUCUUGGCCAGCCUUCUGGAUGUUCGGGGAGGACGCGCAGCAUGCCUGGCCGAGGUGGGGUGAGUACGACAUCGUCGAGUCCGUUCACAACCGCACGUGGGCUGCAACCACACUGCACACUCGAAAGGAUUGUGCGCAGACGGAUGUGAGCCGAACCCGUGACUUCAGUGGUCAGGGGUGGGUGCCUGGCAGUUACGGCACCAACAAGGCCAAGAACUGCUUCGUCCAGGCCCCCGGCGAGUUCGCGAAUCAGGGCUGUGGCCAGGAGCAGCCUUAUGGCUCCUGGGGAAGGCCUUUGAACCAGGCUGGCGGCGGGACAUGGGCAGCGGAGUGGGAUCCGGAGAACGAGUACAUCCGCACUUGGUUUUUUCCGCGGGGGAAGGUGCCCGCAGAUCUGACCGAAAAGCGGCCACUGCCAGACAGCUGGGGGAUGCCCACAUCCUUCUUCUCGUUGAAGCAAGACGAUUGCAGUGCCCGUCACUUUAGACGGAUGCGGAUGGUCUUCGACAUCACUUUCUGUGGCGAAUUUGGUUCGGCGACCUUUGGUGCGAACUGUGCAAGCACUGGACAGUCAUGCGAAGAAUACGUGCAGAAGAACCCUGCUGCCUUUUCGGAAGCCUUCUGGUCCGUUCGAACCCUGGACGUCUACAAGAGGGGGUCUGAGGCCGAAGGAGUAACGGCAGCCGAGACGGGUCUGGAUUAUGGGACCCCUCCGAAUGGUCCGAACGGUGCCCUCAGAUCUGUUGGUAUUCUUUGCUUGGUGCUGGGCGUUGGUGGCUGUGGUGCCACUGCCUACUUUAUGUACAAGAAGGGUGCCACAGAAAAUGCGUCUUUUGUGGACAUACAGAAAGAAGGCCUUUCUACAUUCUCGGCGAACUUGCAGACGACGGAUGUGAGCCAGUGCACACAUGUGAAUCUGCGGGAGCUGGAGCAGGCGGAGUUUGUGACACAAAUUCGUGAAAACCUGCCUACGGUCCCGCAGGUGAGCAACUGGUUUCAAGGAACUUCUCGACCUGUGGCCAGCCAUCCACAGCGAAAUCCAGGAGCCGGAGCUGCGGCUGCGCAGCCUCAAGAAGCUGCUAGCUGGGCUGGCUUCGCAUUUCAGCCGACGAGAGGUGACUCGGCAGGUGCCGCCGGCUCUCGAGCAGGCUCACAGCCCGCGCCGGCCGCGACUUGGCCGUCAAUUACCUCAUGGCUGCCAGAUAUGCAGAGCACAAGACAGCCAAGCCUAGGACGGACGAGCUCGUCUUCGAGUGGGCAACAGGUGUGUGUUUGGCCCGCUGCGACGCAGCCCUAUGUGCGUGGUGCUGCUUCGCCACAACAAGGAGGACGCAACCCGGCAGCCGAAACACAGGCUGCUGCUACCAGUGCAGGCGGCUGGUCUAAUUGGCAAUUCGGUGCAGCUCAAUCGUACUCACAGGGCUCGCCAUCUCAUGGUGCCUGGCGUCUGCCUCCGACCAUCAAUGCGCUUGGUCCAGGAGGAAGUCAGCGUCGCACGUGA